AUGGCCAGUUGUGAUGAACAUCAGUAUGAAAAUGAUGACCAGCAUGAUCAGACAGGGCAGGGUCAGUCUCAGGCCAUCGCUGAAUCCAACACAAACACCACAGCUACUAUAGGGACAACUGUUGUAAUGGCCAGUGGUGAUGAUCAUAAGUAUGAAAAUAGUGACCAGCAAUAUCAGACAGGGCAGAGUCAGUCUCAGGCCAUCACUGAAUCCAACACAAACACCACAGCUACUAUAGGGACAAGUGGUCAUGAUCAGACAGGGCAGGGGCAGGGUCAGUCUAUCACUGAAUCCAACACAAACACCACAGCUACUGUAAUGGCCAGUGGUGAUGAUCAGACAGGGCAGGGUCAGUCUCGGGCCAUCACUGAAUCCAACACAAACACCACAGCUACUGUAGUGGCCAGUGGUCAUGAUCAGACAGGGCAGGACGUCAAUGACAUGAUGACAUCUAUUCCUAGUAGCCAUGAUCACAAGUAUGAAGAUAUAGAUCGUCAAUAUAAUCAGACAGGGCAGGGUCAGUCUCAGGCCAUCACUGAAUCCAACACAAACACCACAGAUAUUGUAAUGGCCAGUGGUGAUGAUCACCAGUAUGAUAAUGGUGACCAGCAUGAUCAGAGAGGGCAGGGUCAGUCUCAGACCAUCACUAAAUUCAACACAAACACCACAGCUACUGUAGUGGCCAGUGGUCAUGAUCAGGCAGGGCAGGGUCAGUCCCAGGCCAUCACUGAAUCCAACACAAACACCACAGCUACUGUAGUGACCAGUGACAUUGGUGUAAAAACACAGAAAAAUGAGCCAAUGGUCACUGAAUCCAACACAAACACCACAGCUACUGUAGUGGCCAGUGGUCAUGAUCAGACAGGACAGGGUCAGUCUCAGGCAAUCACUGAAUCCAACACAAACACCACAGCUACUGUAAUGGCCAGUGGUGAUGAUCAGGCAGGGCAGGGUCAGUCUCAGGCUAACACUGAAUCCAACACAAACACCACAGCUACUGUACCAAUGGUCACUGAAUCCAACACAAACACCACAGCUACUGUAGUGGCCAGUGGUGAUGAUCAGACAGGGCAGGGUCAGUCUAUAUCUGAAGCCAACACAAACACCACAGCUACUGUAGUGACUAGUGGCAAUAGUCAGGCUCAAGGCACCACUCGAUCCAUUGAUAUUAGAAAUCUAGCACUACUAUCAGGCGAUGCAUUGCCGGUCACUGAAUCCAACACAAACACCACAGCUACUGUAGUGGCCAGUGGUGAUGAUCAGACAGGGCAGGGUCAGUCUCAGGCCAUUACUGAAUCCAACACAAACACCACAGCUACUGUAAUGGCCAGUGGUGAUGAUCAGACAGGGCAGGGUCAGUCUCAGGCCAUCACUGAACCCACCACAGCUACUUUAGUGACCAGUGGCAAUAGUUCCAUCAUAGGCCCCUAG